UGAAGUCAUUAUUAGCAGUUAGAGGCAGAGCUUUGGGCAGGAAGAGGUUAAACCAGGCUGAGUUUAUAAGUUACCCUUUAGCCGACUGGAGAACAAGAGUGCAGGGAGUUGCAGCGUCAGCCUCAGAACAACCAGAGCCUCCACUCACCCCCUGCCAUGAAAUUCCUCCUGCUCUCCCUCCUGCUGAUCCUCCUGCUGGGGAGCUCACAAGGGGUUAAAAUACAGGUUGGGAAAUUUACUUUCCAUGUGGACUCGGUGCUGGAGUUAAAGAAAGUGAUGGAAAGUGAUGGAAAAGAUCUGACCCAAUCGUCCCAGGAUCUGUGUCAUAGCUCCGCCCUCCCGGAAGAAUUUAACCCAAUCUGUGAGGAGGAGAACCCCCCGGAAAUCUUCAUUGAGUUGGUUCGGGCCCUGGAGAACUUUGAUGAAUGUGACAUUUGUGCCAAUCCGGCCUGUCCUGGCUGCUCCUAAGAACUUUUCGGGAAUUACUGGCGCUGAUUGGCCCAAAUCCCAGGGCCUCUGAUUAUUCCCAAAAAUUACAGAACCUGGGUCAUUGGCCCCUCUGAUUCUUUCCUAUUGUCUAUGGGUGCUGGGAGUCCCUGCGGCAGUUUUGCAUGGGGAUAUGGAUUGUCCCAGACUCCCAAUUCCCGGGGGGGAUGGGCUGCUGUAUAAUCUCUGCCAUAAUGUUGAUUGCAAGCUCUACAGGUCCUCCUGCCUAUGAACUGCAUUGGAUACAAAGAGAAAUUGAUCUGCACUGCUGCUUUGCUUCAGAAUCAUAAUAAGAAUAAUUGUACAACAAAGAGGGAUCGGGAGUCAUGGAGUGCGGUGCCUUUGUACCCUAAAUUAGUCUUAGGCCUGGCUCUGUCUAAUCCUGCCCCCUGUACCCUUGGGGGGGACCAACUCUGAUUGACCCCCCAGUGGAUCCCCCAAUAGAUGUUCCAUUAAAUUCUUCUUCUGAAUAAACAUGAUCUUAUUGUCUCA